UCUCUGGCCUCUGGAGGGACCACCGUUGCCGCCGCUUCGGCUUCCGCGAUCUGCGUUCGAGCUAAACCGCCACAGCGGCCGCCCCCGCCGCGCUCGCCUCGCUCUUUGGCGCUGUCCACGUGCGUUUCCCCCGGCAGCCGCCCGGGCUCCAGCCGCGGCUGCGGCCGACAUGUUGUGAGGCGGCGGCGGCGGCGGCGGCGGCGCGGGUGUCUGAAGGAUGGUUUGGCAGAGGCGGCGGCAGCGUCUGCUGGCGGCGGCGGCGGCUGCCGCGGGGGUUCCGGCGCUGUAGAGCCAAAGCCGACCGGGUGUCCGCCUGGUCCCGCGGCGAGGCCGGUGUCCCUGGACCUUGCCUCUGCUCUGGCGCUGCAGGGGGCAGGUUAAGGCGACUGCAGCCGCCCCCCUCGACUCCCACCCCAAAGAAGACGCGAAGGUGGUUCCCCAAAGUGCUCAAAUUUCCGGACCCUUCUGCUAGCCCCUCCCCGACCUGGACCGAGAGCUCCUCUGAGCGCGAAGCCCCCUCGGCUUUCCCUCCUCGACUCUCACCCGGGGGACCCUCGCCAGCUCCUCCCCGCCCCCUCCGUCCUCCUCGCGCCCCCCCGCCCCCCUCCCGGUCUCUCUCCGCCGGCGGCCUCAGGAGAGAAACCUCGGCGGGCGGGCGGGCGCUGGGGGAGUCUGUGGCAGUCGGGGCGCCCGGGGGUGAGGAAGGGGACGAUGGCUUCCUCGUCCGGCAACGACGACGACCUCACGAUCCCCCGAGCUGCCAUCAAUAAGAUGAUCAAAGAGACGCUCCCGAACGUGCGGGUGGCCAACGACGCCCGCGAGCUGGUGGUGAACUGCUGCACCGAGUUCAUCCACCUCAUCUCGUCCGAGGCCAACGAGAUCUGCAACAAAUCGGAGAAGAAGACCAUCUCGCCCGAGCACGUCAUCCAAGCACUAGAAAGUUUGGGCUUUGGUUCCUACAUCAGUGAAGUAAAAGAAGUUUUGCAAGAAUGUAAGACGGUGGCAUUAAAAAGAAGAAAGGCAAGUUCUCGUUUGGAAAACCUUGGCAUUCCUGAAGAAGAGUUAUUGAGACAACAACAGGAAUUAUUUGCAAAAGCCAGACAGCAGCAAGCAGAAUUGGCCCAACAGGAAUGGCUUCAAAUGCAGCAGGCUGCCCAACAAGCCCAGCUUGCUGCUGCCUCAGCCAGUGCAUCCAACCAAGCGGGAUCUUCUCAGGAUGAAGAAGAUGAUGAUGAUAUCUGAUGAUAUUCACCAGCUGAGUUCCUAUUUCCUCUAUUUUUUUCCUUGCACAAGAAAACAGUGAAAGAAAUGCUUAUCUGUAAUUUUGUAUGCAUCUUGGUGGACUUGCCAUUGGUAUUCUAAGGAUGUCUGCUGUUAAGUUCAUCUAUUGUGUGCUAUUCAUGUAAAAAUGGUCUCUUUGAACUAUUGAAAAUUUAAGAUUCAGUAUAAUACCAAUUUUGGAUUUUUAAUGGUGUUUAUGAAAUUUUAGAUAGCAGUGAAUUCUUUAUUUGAUCAAUAAACAGUGUUACAGAAAACUUCAAGUUUAUAAAGAUAGAAAAAUUUAUACAGAAACUCUAAAUCUGUACUUGCAUUUCCUCUACCCUUUUAACUAAACUAAGAAUUGGGAAUUUUAAAUUACUGGGGGAGGUGGGGUAUCGUAUGAUGCAGUAGACAUUAGAUUGGAUUGGCAAAAAAAGAGUUGGGUUCUGAGUAUCUGAAUUUUUUUUUUGUGUUUUAAAAUGAGUAUAACUAUAGGAAAAUAUAUGUGCUCAGAUAUACUUGUUUAAAAAGUAUGAGAACAAGACAUUCAGAAACUAAUUUGGAGUAUGUUCAUAUUAGUUACAUAAAUUUGGUGGGAUUCUCAUUUUAUUUUUAUUUUUAUGUAGAGGUGAAAACUACAGUUUUAUUAUGGCAUAAUUCAUCAAGCAACACUAUUCCAUUUCAAAGACGGCCCAAUUUUGAAGACUGUCAUGAUUCUUACUAUUUCACUCCAUUAAUUGUUAAUAGUAUUACUUGCUUAGUACAUCCAUGUGUUUUUGAACUUGUGAAACAAUUGUUCAGGGUUCUGUUGGUUUAAUGAAGGUUUAUGAAUAUUAAGACCUAUGCUGGGAGAAAGAAAUGGAAAUAGUUAAUAAGCAUGCUUGUUAGAAAGGAUUUUUGUAAUUUAACUUGUAGUUGUAGUUUACUUAGUGGGUUUUUUUUGUUUUGUUUUGCAUUUUACAUUUUCUUGACUAGAUUGCCCAGAGGUCCAUUGCUUCCUUUUGAAAUGGCAUUAUUGUCUCCAUCUCAAUUGAGUAAUAGCUUUAAAAGUGAUUAGUUUUGUUUAAGAAACGUGUCAUAACUGAUCAGCCUCAUAUGAAACAUAGUUUCAACUUGCUCAUUAAAAGGGAGAAGCUUUAAUUUGGUUCCAGUAAAUAAAGUUUGGUAGUGAUUUUUAUAGAAAUCCAGUGUGUUCAUAGCAUAUUAUUUGUAUUUUGGAAAUAGAAUGAAAAGGCCACUUGAGGAUAGCAUGAAGUAAUCCAAAUUCCUGUGUUAGUUGCCAAAUCAUUUAAAUUUCUAUAUUCACCAGGCCCAAGGAUAGAUUGUGACUGCCAGAAUUCCAGUUUUAAUUGAGGACUAAGUAAGUAAAGAUCAUAAAUAUUAGAUUUCUUAAUGAUGAUAUUUCUCAGUUUUAGAAAAAGCAAAAAUGUCAUAUAUUUAUAAAUUACGCUUUUCCCAUGCCAUGAAAAGUUCAUCUUGCUGAACAUUUUAAGUUUCCAUGUUUUAAGUUGAAAUUGAUACUGUGUUCAUGCAGUGAGUUUGGGUAAGAUAGAAGGAAUUUUUUUUAAAGUACCAAAGGUAGUCUAGUUGAAGAAAUGAUAAAUUAAUAAGUAUUGGCUUUUCUAAUUUGUACUGUAACAUCUUAUACUUUCUAUAGUAAGUAUAUCUGUUUCUUAAGUAAAUAAUUUAGAUAUUUUUCCACACUUUUUUUCUGAUGCAGAGUUCAGGUUAAUUAAUAUUUUACUGCAUCUGAUGUAUUACAUGUUCAAAACCCAGUGAAUUCUCAUUUUGACAUUCUUGUGAUUUCAUAUGCUGUAUUCUUCAAGCAAUAAAAUUCUGAUGUUUUAUAAAUUGUUUUAUAUUUAAUAAUAUAAACAGAUUAAUGGCAGAUUUCUUUUAUUACCAUUUUUACUAGUUUUAGGAAUCUUAGACUCAGAAGACAUUUUGGUCAUUUGUUGUAUAGUGCCUGACAUUCUCCUUUAUUUUUUUUUCUCUUCAGAAAAUCUGGUAGUAUUUAUGUUUUUAGCACUUACAGUCAUAUGAUCCAGACAAAGCAAAGCUAAUUAAGCAUUGUUCUACUUUCAGCUUAAACUUUACUAUUUAAAAGUCAUUUGUAAUCUAUCUAUUGUUGAAAUUUUGGAAAUAUUUUGGAGCGAGAAGCAAAAUUGUUAGAGUAAUUGAGAAAUAAAGUUAUUGUUUAGUUAA